AUGCGUACCAUAGCAGCAGCCUCGUUGCUCCUCGUAGCAACGACCCCGUUGGUCUCUGCCCACGGCGACCAUCAUCACCACGGCCAUCGAGACUUCACUCCUGCUGAACUAAAGGAGCUCCAAGACAAAUGGGGCACUGAUUUCGGUUUUGGUGGCAUCAGCACCUUUGCGCAUCUGCCCCAUCACAAGUGCUUGACAAACCCGCAAACGCCAUUUGAUAUCGGCAUCAUCGGAGCACCAUUCGAUACCGCUGUUUCUUAUCGGCCAGGCGCUCGUUUCGGCCCUCGUGCCAUUCGCGCGGCAUCAGCGAGACAGACUGCUCUGCGUGGAUACAAUCCGCGUGCUAGUCUGAAUCCCUACACUUCCUGGGCUAAUGUGGUUGAUUGUGGUGAUAUCCCCAUCACACCUUUUGACAAUGGAUUGGCUUUGCGCCAGAUGAGUGAGGGAUACAAUGAGCUUGCGACCAGACAGGCGAUCCCAGAGAACGUGGAUUCGGCAGCGUCUUAUCUGCAGACUGCAAAGAUUGUCACUCUGGGUGGUGACCACAGCAUCGCUCUUCCAGCCUUGAGAGCUUUGAACAAGAAGUACGGCAAGCCUGUUGCGGUAGUGCAUUUCGACGCUCAUCUGGAUACCUGGCAUCCGUCCAAGUACCCUUCUUACUGGCUUGACCUCGAUGACCCAUCGACUCAGUCCUUCUUCACUCACGGCAACAUGUUCUGGAUGGCUGCAACCGAGGGUUUGAUUGCAAACGGCUCUUCCAUCCACGCAGGUCUUCGCACCAGACUGUCAGAUGAAGACGACUACACAAACGACAGCGAACAAGGAUUCGUCCGCAUCUCUGCAGACGACAUUGACGAUAUCGGCACCAAAGGAGUCAUUUCAAAGAUUCUGUCUACCGUUCCUGCAGACUACCCUGUCUAUCUCUCUAUCGAUAUCGAUGUCAUUGAUCCUGGUCUCGCGCCUGGUACUGGUACUCCUGAGCCCGGCGGUUGGACUACAAGAGAGUUGAUCCGUAUUCUCAGAGGUAUUGAGGGACUCAACGUUGUGGGCGCUGAUGUUGUGGAAGUGUCUCCUGCAUACGACUCUCAGGCUGAGACCACGGCACUUGCGGCUGCUCAGGUUGUCUAUGAGAUCGUUACUUCGAUGGUUAGAAGGGGUUUGAUGGAAUUGGCGAGGACGAAGCAGGAUGUUAACAAGGACGAGCUGUAA